AUGGGCGGUGCUGUAAUCAGAAAAUGUUCCACAAUUUGGCCCAAUCCUUUUGUGAGCUCAGCAGCGCUCAACAUAUAUUGUCAACGAACUUUUUGUUUAUUGAAUACAAAAUGGAUAAUCAUAACAUGUAUUUCCUCCAUCCGUUUCCUGAAAUCAUUUACCAUAUCAAAAACCAUGAAUUUUUUCAUUUUGCUAUUGUCUUUUAUUUCUUAUUCAACUUCGAUAAUCAAUGGUUUCUCUGCAAAUUCCUUUGACACGUUAUCAUUGGCGUCUGUAAUUACGCGAUUUCCUGACGGAACGACAAAUGUAUGUGGUGGAGUACUUAUCGCACCAAGCAUUGUCAUUACUUCCGCACAUUGUGUUUUUUCGGGUGAUGACUUUGCAGUAACAGCAAAAGUAACUUUAGGAGAUGUGCAUCUGAAUAAGCAUGAUGACGGAGAACAGGAAUUCAGAAGUCACGCAAUGGCAAUCAGCAAAAAGUUUUUCAAUGAUGCAUCUGAAGCAAAUGAUGACGUGGCAGUCAUUUUCCUCCCACAAAGAGCUGAUGUUUGUCACUCGCCGUUGUCUCUUCAAAUUGCAAAACUUCCCAGCACCGGAUCUGUGAACUUUAAAGAAACCGCCCCGCUCACACAACUCCAACUCGAGACGUCUGUAUGCUACGUGGCUGGAUGGGGAAAGACAGAGAAUAAAACAGCGAAAUAUAGUGACUCAGUUCGUCAGAUGAUGGUUAAUUUGAGUGUUCGAAGAAUUGGAAAACGAAAAUAUUUGAUUGCAAAAGCAGUGACAGGGAGUAGUAGAGCAUGUAUGGGUGAUUCAGGAAGUCCCGUGUAUUGUUUUGUCAAUGGAAAACGAAUUUUGGUAGGAACCGUCGCCCAUAUCGGAUCUUUUUCGAAAAUGAGUGAACAAGAUCCAUCAAAUCACAUCUCAUUUUGCCGAGACUUUGAGUAUACAUUCGUUUCGGAUUGGAGAGAAAGUUCUGAAAGAGUUGUGGAAAUUUUACAGAAAUAUGGCGAGCUAUAUCAAUUGAAUGAAGGACAGAACAUGUGCUUUGGAUCUGGAAUUUUUUAAUGGAUUCGUUGGUUUUACAAUAAAUAAUAUCAAUCAAAUUGA